GGUCAAUAUGCUUUCUUCGUCGUUACGCACGGCUGGUAGGCUGAUGCUUCCCACCCGGACCUAUUCAAAUGUGGCCACCGCUAGCUCGGCCAAACUGCAGGAGCAGGCACUGGAGGAAAAGUGCAUCCUGGUGAAUGAACGCGAUCAGUACACCGGAAGUGCAUCGAAGCGGGACUGCCAUCGGGUAGAUCCCGAGGGUAACAUUCGCCUGCACCGAGCGUUCAGUGUGUUCCUGUUCAACAGUGCCGGAGACAUGCUGUUACAGCGCAGAUCUGUGGAAAAGAUAACGUUUCCCGACUGCUAUACGAAUGCUUGCUGCAGCCAUCCACUGUACGACAUCGAGGGUGAGCGGGAAGAGCUAAAUGCCCUUGGCAUUCGACGUGCCGCCCAACGGAGAUUAAACUACGAGCUUGGCAUCCCGAUGGCACAGGCACGGCCGGAAAACUUCCACUACAUUACCCGCAUUCACUACGCCGAUAGGGGCGAUGGAACGUGGGGAGAACACGAAAUCGACUACAUUCUAUUCCUACAGAAAGACGUCGACCUAAAGCCAAACGACAGUGAGGUAAGCGAGGUGCGAUACAUCCCGCGUGAUGGACUGGACAAAACGAUCGCUAGUCUCGGUGCACCGCUAACGCCCUGGUUCCGGUUGAUCUUGCAACACCGGCUACAGCUUUGGUGGGAUAAUUUGCAUCAAUUGAAGCACUACCAAAAUCACAGCGAGAUCGAACGAUUCUAG